GAAGCAGCACUCUGCAGAGCCACAGAUACAAAGCAAAGAGAGGAGGCAAAAGAGUGCAGCCAUGGGUGGAGGACAGUCAAAACCUGCUGCUGAUCCUUUGAUUGCAGAGUGGCGGAAAAUACGUUGGGGCCAAAAAGAGGAAGACCUGCAGUUUGUGAAGGAUUAUCAGCCUCAUAACAAAGAAGUCAAACAGCUCAGAGUUCUGCUUCAUGGACCUAUUGGUGCUGGAAAGUCCAGCUUCAUCAACUCUGUCGACAGCGCUUUACGAGGAAGAAUCACUGAUCGAGCUAAAACAGAUGCAGCAAACUCCUCCUCAAAAACCUUCACCACGAAGCGCCGAAUCUACAAAAUCAACAAAGGAGGACCAGGGACAUUUUACCCUUUUGUCUUCACUGACACCAUGGGCAUCGAGGGGGCAGAACAACAUGGAAUUUGUGUGGAAGACAUCAAACUGGACAUGAAGGGGCACAUAAAAGAUGGUUACAAGUUCAAUCCUUACUGUGAAAUAUCAGAGGAUGAUCAAUACUACAACAAGAGCCCCACCCUGGAGGACAAAGCUCAUGUUCUGGUUUGUGUCAUCGAUGGCAGCUCAUCAUCAAUACUGGAUGAUGAAUCUAAAAGAAAGAUGAGGCGGGUCAGAACUGCAGCUAGAGACUUGGGGAUUCCUCAGCUGGUUGUUCUCACCAAAAUUGAUGAAGCUUGUAAAGAGGUCCAAUCCGAUGUAAAGAAUGUGUAUAAGAGCAAGUACAUAAAGGAAAUGGUGGACAAAAUCAGUAAGGAUCUGGGCUUUCCACUAAACUGCAUCUUUCCUGUGAAGAACUACGCCUCAGAGAUUGAUACAAAUCAUGACAUUGAUUCACUGAUCCUGUGCGCACUGAAACAGAUCAUUGACUCUGGAGAAAACUUUGUCAACCAGCUGUAGAUUGUUGUGGAAAAUUUCAAUUAAAGUUCGGGAGAAGAGAAUGAUUUGUUUCUAGGUUCAUCUAAUAAAACAGAGUCUUGAUGAAUAAUCAAAGUUGCAAAAAUCCAUUCUUUGCUUGCAAGCAGGAGGUCAAAUACACAGGCACGUAUCAUGGUGCUCUGUGGAGAUGGCGUCUUCGAGAAGUGAAAAUGCUGAGUUCUUAUACACAAACAUCUCACAGGUCAUUUCUAGUGUUAGGAAUUAAAGAAGAAGUGCACCCCUAGCGGUGUGAAGUAUUUUACAUGUAGCAAUGUUUAGUGUAGAAUUGUAGUUUGUGUGAUGUUAGAUAGUUGAUAUUACAUUUGUAUGUUAAAUGAAGUGAAUGCAUUAUAGACAAUAACAAUUUAUAGUCAUGGAAAUCAUAUAAAUACUGUACACAUUAACAUCCUGUCAUGAUGUAAUGUUAAAACCUGGGGACGGAAGCUAAUUGCUGUCCUUUAUGGAUUUCUCCCAUCUUUCCCCAAAAGAGGGUUCUUGUUGG